AUGAGACAAUUUUAUACACCACCUGUGAGUAAUCCUAAAUUUGAUAAUUCUUUAUCCAUAAAGGAAUCAUAUAAACCAAGACAAUCAGGUUUAGAGACAUUAGGUGAGAAACCAACUCAGGAAGAAGAUGAAAAAGAUAUAGUAGAGAAAAAUGAAUCCACAGGGAAUUUAACUUCUGAAGAAAUUGAAGAAUCUAUCAGUGGUAUCACAGAGUUGCCUACUGAAUUAUCACAUUUGAUAGAUGUUUUCAUUACGGAUUUAAAACAACCAAAAUAUUUAAGACCAUUAACUAUAGUACAAUUAUCAUAUUUGUUUCAAGGUUUCUAUACGAAAUUUGAUAAAUUUUGCUUUCAAUACCUUUCUAAUAAUAAUACUACAACAACAAGCCAGAUACCUAUAACACCAUCAGCUACUUCAUUUUUUACAGCAAGAGAGUCGCUGAGCACUGGUCUUAGCGGAAUGUUUGCUAGGAGUAGAAGUAGCAGUACUGCUAGCGGCACAUCCAUGACAAGAGCUCCCAGAAGAUCAUCAUCUCUAUUUAGUUUGGAAUCUAGCUCCACAGGAAAUAUUACCCAAAUGCUUUCACCAGAAGAGAUUAAGACUCAUUUAAAGACAAAUGAAUUGAAUAAUUUAAAGAUUGAAAAAUAUAUGAUAUUAUGUGAAUCAUAUAUUUUCAAUAAAUUACUAGAAGUUGGAAUAUCUGUAUCGUCACCAAUAAAGCAAGAUCUUUCGUCAUCAUCUAUUGACACAUUGUCAUCCUUACCGAUAGUAGAUAAAUCUCAAGAAAGGGUACAUCAUACACAUCAAGAACUAUUUAAUGUCUCGAGUUUGUUUAGAAACACACCAGAAUUUGGAAAUUUCGAUAAAUUAUUAACUGAAAAAUUAAGAUGUCUCUCAAAAUUAUCUCUCGAUGGUAAGAUUAAUCUCGAUGAAUUUUUGGGCAUUCCAGAUUCUGUAGAUUUCUCAAAUGAAUCUAAAAAUAAGAAAGUCAGUGAAUCUUUAACAAAAUUCACUUAUUAUUCAACUUCGCCAUAUGAAAAAGUUCAAAUCUUACUUAACAUACACGAAUCGAUGUCAUAUUCAAAAGGUAUGUCGAAUGACGAAUUCUUAUCCAUGUUAAUUUAUUAUAUUAUAAAAUUUAGACCAAAGAAAUUAUUUUUGAAUGCUGAAUUUAUUAAACUGUUUAGAUACAAGAAGAAAUUGAUUCAAGAAGAACUUUAUGCGUUGACUAAUUUGGAAGCUGCACUUCUGUUUAUCGAAGGAUUAACAUUGGUAGAUUUUUCAGAUGAAUUACAGGGUGAACUUACAACUCAUGAAAAGAAAAUAUUAGAAUGUAAAGUGAGUGACGUUAUAACAUUACCAGGUUCUAACGGGAAAAAUAAUCUCCCAACAGCAAUAAUAGAUUCUCCAACCCCAGCAAAUCGCCAGAAUGGUAAUGAAAGUACCACUUCAAGAACAAAUUCAAACGAAGGGUUUAGAAAUACAUUUGAUGGUUCUUUAAGAAACAUUAUAAGCAAAAUAAGAUUAUACACCCCACCAACUGUUAAUAAUUUGAAACCACUACCAUUACCUAGAAGUUCAUCUCAAUUAUCGAUGGAUUAUGAUGGCGGCUCCCCUCUUAGAUCAUUAGCAUCUCCAAAUAAUGGUAGCAGUGGCGAAGAAGAUAACCCACACUUGGGUACUUUAACACCAAGCAGAAGUUCUCAUGGAUCUCUUCCUAAUGAUUGGAAGAAAUAUAAAGAUUCAAAUUUCGACGAUCUAACCAUUCAGCAAUUAAAGGAAAUAUUUGAGGUAUAUCAAAAGAUGAUAGAAUAA